CUUUUCAUUUCCCCCACGUUUUGCAGGGGUGUUUGCUCAAAACUCAGACCAGCGCCGCCGAUCCGCCGCAUCUCCCGCCGCCGCCGGCCGGAGCUCCUCCCCCGUCACGCUCUCCUCUCCCCGAGGUAGGUAGCCGUCGUCUCCCGGCGAGACCUGGUCACCGCGACCUCGUCUCCGGUCAGCUCCCAGACACGCGCACCGGCGCGAGGUCAAACUCAUCCCAAAACCUCAAGCAUCCCCCCAAUGCUCCCACCCCUCCUCCGCAAGUCAACCGCUGCCUCCCCACGCCAUGGCUCCUUCCCCUCCCGCUCCCCUCCUCCUCCUUCUCGUGCUCAGCGGCCUCGCCGUCGCCGCCGCCCAGUUUCCGCAGCCACCGCCGGCGCAGCAGCAGCAGCAGCCCACCAACGCCUCCGACGCGGCUGCCCUGCGCGACGUGUUCCAGCAUUGGGGUCUCGGGUAUGGCGCGACGGCGGAGGACCCGUGCCUGAAGACGGACUGGUUCGGGUCCCUCGCGAGGAACGCGUCAAUCAACUGCAGCUGCGACGAUUUGACCCUCCCGUGCCGCAUCACACACCUGAACGUGACUGGCUACCGGAACCUGACCGACAUCCCACCAGCGCUCUUCAACUUGACGGAGCUGGUCUCUCUGGAUUUGAGCAACAACAACUUAAGUGGUCAAAUACCUCCAGGAAUCGCCAAUCUCUCCAAACUGGAAACAUGGCACUUCAACAACAAUCAACUCAAUGGGUCUUUUCCUAAUGGAUCUUCAGGUUUGAGGAGUCUUCAGUCCCUAUGGAUGUUCGAUAAUUACAUCGAAGGGACACUUCCAGAAUUUAUUGCGAACUUUACCAAUCUCACAGACUUGAGAAUAUAUGGGAUGAAACUUCAAGGACCUAUUCCAAAAAAUUUCUCUAAUUUGAUCAAUCUGGAAAAGCUGAUGCUUGGUGAUCUUGAUGGUCAGAAUUCUACUUUUGAUUUCAUAGCAAAGUGGACAAAUCUUUCAACAUUAUCACUGAGAAACUGUGGAAUCACUGGCCAACUUCCUAAUAUGCUCUCAAAUUUAUGGCCCAAUCUAACAUACCUAGAUUUGGGAUCAAACUACAUAUCGGGCUCACUAGGGCAAUUGCCAUAUAAGAAUUUAAGACUGUAUCUUGGUGGAAACAACUUUAGUGGAAAUCUGCCUUCUGAAAUGGUUCAAUCAUCACGUCUUAUGGAUGUUUCGUAUAACCCCUUUCUUAAUGGAAGUCUUCCUGUCAGUCCUGGUGGUCAGAAGUGGUCAAUAAAUUAUAUCGGAACUUCAAUUGAUGCUAGCAGAACAACUAACAGUGAAAACCUUGCCCUCCUCGACUGUCUCCGCAUGAAAGGAUGCAACAGAAGUUUCGACAAGAGCCUUAUAACUUCCUGCGCUGUAAACUGUGGCGGCAAACAAACGACUUACCCGGAUUCAUUGCCAAACAUUUUCUAUGAUGACACUAGUGACCUUGGAGCAGCAGGUUUUCAUAUUAAUACUGACGGGCAAUGGGUGGUUAGUCACGUGGGUUCUGAUCCUCUCAGUAACUCUUCUCAUGGUAUAGUAAGUACAAGCCAAGGUAUUCUGGGAACAGACACGCCUGAGCUCUAUCAAACAGCAAGGACAUCACAAAGUGAUUUGUGGUACUACGUGGUUGGUUUGUCUACGGGGAAAUAUACAGUUCAACUCUUCUUCGCGGAGAUAAUUAUUGAAGGGGAUUUUAAUAAUAGGACAGGAAGGCGUUCAUUUAACAUUGAUAUUCAGGAUCAGAAUAUCAAGACGGAUUUUGACAUUACUAAAGAAGCAGAGGGGUUCAGAAAAGCCACAAACAUAACUUAUGAAGCAACGGUGGAUAAUUCGGUGCUUAAAAUACAUCUGUACUGGAAUGGACGGGGCACACAUGCUAUUCCAUAUGAAGGAGCUUAUGGGCCUCUGGUGUCAGCAAUAAGAGUUUUCCCGCCUGAAAUACCCCCGAACAACAGCCCCCCGCCCGCACGGCCACAGGCAGCGCCACAUGAUAACAAUCGAAGAGGAGUGGUCGCGGGCAUUGCAGCCCUGUGUAUAGCUGCGGCAGUGAUAUCUUCGUCUGUCGUUUACCUCUGGUGGAAAUGGGUGUCACUCGCGAAGCAUCCAAAUGCAUGAGGAGUUCAGAUGUGUAUACCAUGUGAAUGAGCCUCUGUGCACUGUAUCAUACCUUCGUUGAGCUGUGGUGGGGGACAAUGGACGCCUGUACAGGAACACGUAGCGGGGUAAUGUGAAGAGGAGAACAGCAUCGAUGUACAGUUCGGUUUACGCCAGGAUAUUAGGUCUGCAGCUUCGUUUUGUUUUGCGAUUUGUCGAUUGUAACUUCUAAGAACCACUGAUGUCAUCUCACGUUUUGUUUUUGGCAUGUUGUAUUGUAUUGUAUUUAUUUAUUUGUUCUUUCGAACUUAUUCUCCAUGUAUCGCUGAUGGCUAUUUAACAGCUUUGGGGUUUCUCUGGAA